GAAGGCAACGUCUGUAGACAGGAGGCGUGUUUAAUACUCAAAAGUGCUGAAACAUUUUACAUUACUCACAAUGCCAACAUCUGCAGUAGUGUAAAGCUUAAAUAACUAUUGUGAUUCGUUCUUUUAAACCUUAAAAAUGAAUACGAUUUUUGCAAUCACGUUGGUGUUUGUUGGUUGCUGCAGCAAUGUUGUGUUUUUGGAACUUUUAGUCAGGGAUUUCCCUGGAAGUGGUAAUAUUAUCACAUUUUGUCAGUUUGCCUUCAUUGCAUUGGAGGGCUUCAUCUUUGAGACGAACUUUGGACGCAAAAAGCCACAAAUUCCCAUGAGAAACUAUGUGAUCAUGGUGGCCAUGUUUUUUACUGUAAGCGUGAUCAAUAACUACGCUCUCAACUUUAACAUUGCCAUGCCCCUGCACAUGAUCUUUAGAUCAGGCUCUUUAAUUGCUAACAUGAUACUCGGUAUUAUCAUCUUAAAGAAACGAUAUUCGAAGAGUAAAUAUCUCUCCAUCGUGCUGGUAUCCAUCGGCAUUUUCAUCUGUACUAUUAUGUCAGCCAAACAAGUGAGUGAUGAGAAGGGUGCCACAGAAGAAGAGGGAGUUUAUGCCUUCCUCCAUUGGCUUCUGGGUAUCGCCAUGCUGACUUUCGCUCUGCUGAUGUCUGCGAGAAUGGGCAUUUUCCAAGAAACUUUAUACAAAAAGUUUGGCAAACACUCAAAAGAGGCGUUGUUUUACAACCACUGUCUACCUUUACCAGGCUUUCUUCUGCUGUCAACCAACAUCUACAACCAUGCUGUGCUCUUCAGCCAGAGCUCUCCAGUGGAAAUCCCUGUGAUUGGUUACUCAAUGCCGGUCAUGUGGUUUUACCUCAUUAUGAACGUCAUCACACAAUACGUGUGUAUACGUGGCGUGUUUAUUCUGACCACCGAGUGCACAUCGCUCACAGUUACAUUGGUGGUGACGCUACGCAAAUUCUUGAGCCUCAUUAUAUCCAUCCUGUACUUCCAGAAUCCAUUCACAGCCUGGCAUUGGGUGGGAACAUCUGUGGUAUUCCUAGGAACGCUGAUCUACACGGAGGUGUGGUCCAGCAUUAGCACGGCACUGAAAGGAGAGAAAGUUGCCAAGAAAUCAGAGUAAUUUACAGGUUUACAGGAAAGCGGUGUGAUACCUCUUCAGCUCUGUGUGAGCAUGUUUGGUUGGUGCAUUGGUUUGUGUUUCAUCAUCUGUGUGUAAGUGUUGGUUUGAAAGGUACUGUUAGGCCAAUUUUAUGAUGUUUUUGAGCCAAGCUUGUGUGUUUGUGCGAGUAUUUGUGUGGUUUUGAGUUUAGAGAUUAUCUUUUUUUAAAGUGAUGGAAACUGUUUUGGUUUUCUGGCACCAUCUUCAAGCACUCUCACAGAUCUACUUCAUCGUUUUAUGAAAACUGAAUCUGCUGCUGUACAGGGUUUAUUAACGUGAAUGUUAACGUUAUCUAAAUGUUAGUGGUAUUUAUUUCAUUUACAUUUUUUAAACGCAGCCAGUUUCAUUGUAAGGCUUUGAUGGCCAACUUUAUACCUGUCUUUAUUCAGGUGUGAAAAUAAAACAAGACUACAAAAAAUACAGUACUGUUUAUGUAAAGAUUUUUUUAAAUUGUACUUUCAUGUGUCACGUUACAUGCAAAAACUUUAUGUGGACCAAAGUAACUUGAAAGUAAAAAUGCUUCUGUAUGCAUUUCUACAAAACUUUUAUUUAAAAUUUAAAUAAACAACAAAGUAAUAAAAGUUUAAAGAUGACUUUGUUUUAAUGACAAUAUACACACAAGCUGGCACACAUUUUGGAUGUUUUUGCUUCAAUGGAUAUUAUGUAAUGUUUAUAAAGCUGGGAUUUGUUGUAGUUUAUAAAUAACAUCAAAAACUAAAGCAAGGCAUCUAAAUGCCUUGUGUUGGAUUCGUUCAAUCCAUGGUUAAAUACUUGUGAUGCCGUAAUCCCUGAUGGUUCUCAAUUUUCUUUCAAUUGUUCUUGAUAAAAAGGAAAUCUUUGCCUAUGUUCAUAGUUUAAUAUGUCUGAUGACAUAUGAUAGAAAUAAGGAAAAAAUAAAUGAUUGAAAACUUUCAA